GUUGCAAUUUUAAAAAUAGCACACUUCAGCCCUGCGUUACAUCUCGCGUAUGUUUUGUCCGUAUACACAGUGGCAAGGGUGCUGGUCACUUGACGUCAGACCUAUCGUAUCCCGCCUUGGACGGACAUACACCAAAUGCGCGAACAGUCUUGGGAUGUAACACCGAUACAUAUAUAAGGACCAGGCUGCACACCCUUCUAAAAUCAUCAAACAACCACACUUCCACAUCUUCCAAUCAACCUUCAAACACCUCUACAACCUCACAACAACUUUCAAUCUUCAACCAAGAUCAUCAAUAUGCAGUUCACCAUCGUCGCCGCUUUCCUCGCCGCUGCCGGCAUCACUGCCGCUUCUCCCAUCGCGGCCCGUCAGGAGCCCGUCGCUACCCCAUCCGGCGACUACAUCUGGAAGAUCAGCGAGUUCUACUCCCGCAAGCUGAACGGCAAGGACAUCGACUCCUUGGCCUUCAACAUCAAGGCCACCAACAACGGAACCCUUGACUUCACCUGCGAGGCCACCGAGGGUCCCAUCGUGCCCACCCAGUUCUACCAGUGCGGAGAGAACAGCCAGAUCUACUUCUCCUUCCAGGAUGACCGCAGCGGUCUCCUCCUGAGGCAGGAUGUCUCCGACGACAUCCAGUACGUCGGCACUGCCACCCUUCCCAACUACUGCCGCGCCGGCGGUGCUGGAAUCAACGACUUCAUCUGCAACGGUGUCAACGACGCCUACCUCACCCUUGUCCAGUACCCUGGCACGCUCGAGUAAAUAUCGGUUUAUGGAUUAUGAUAACCGGUCUUCAUGUACAUAGCCACUUGUCAUUCCUUUGCAUAGCGUUGGGUCAAAACUUAUAGAAUAUAAUCCACGAUCAACUUUGUAACAUGCCUCACCUUUUGAUCCCAACAGUGAAAAUUUCUGCAUCCAUAUGGGUUCACUUCAUCUUUCUCCAUAUUCGUUCUUUUGCAUCU